AUGUCGAUCCCCUCCCACUAUGCGUUACUCCUUUGGCUUCUCGUGUUUGCCAUCAGCUUGAUUACCGGUGUCAAUACCGACAACGUUGUCUAUGUGACCCGCACCGUGGACGCAUCGACAAUUGUUCAAGCGACGCCCACCGCGCCCAGUGCGGCCUCGUACACCUCGUUUGACGGUUUCAAGGAAGCAGUCUUGCAGACCAGCAAUGAAUAUCGUCGCUCUCAUGAUGCAAACCCAUUGGUCUGGAAUGAAACUCUGGUGAAGUAUGCGCAGGACUGGGCGGAGGCUUGUAUAUGGAAACACUCGUAUUAUGUCCAGCACGGUCCCUAUGGGGAAAAUCUCGCCUUUGGUUACCCCAAUGCCACUGCAGCUGUCGAUGCGUGGGGCGAUGAAGGGAGACUUUAUAAUUUCCAAAAGCCGACGGGCUUCACAGAGCAAACCGGUCACUUCACACAGCUGGUGUGGAAAUCGACGACCGAAGUGGGAUGCGCUGCGAUCAACUGUGGAUAUACACACGAUAAGACGCGGAGAGAUGUUGACGAUGAGAGCUACUUGAGCCCCAGAGCGGACGGCACCACGCGGGUGCAGGGCUGGUACGUGGUAUGCGAGUACACCCCGGCUGGGAACGUGGUUGGCGAACACGACAUGUACUUCAAGAAGAAUGUCGUGCCGAAAAAAUCGAGUCCAUCUGCCAGUCAACCCAACGGAGGCGCAACGAUGAACGGUGAAAGUGACUUCUCGCUGCGCAUGAUGUUGCUGGCUCUGGGAAGCGUGGCCGUUGGGAUGUUGUAUACAUGA